AGCUCCGUUGCGUUCGUGUGGAAGGAGUGAGGUGUGUGGGAUUCUUGAGGCGGCGCGACGGCGGCGGUGGCGGUGUGUUGCGAGAUGGAGGGGGCGGGGGGAGGGCCCGGGGGGAUGAGGAAGGCGUCGUCGCACGCGUCGAUGGCGGCGGACCCGGACGACUUCGACCUGACGCGGAUGCUGAACCACCGGCCCCGGAUCAACGUGGACAGGCAGCGCUCGUUCGACGACCGCUCGCUCGCCGAGCUCUCCAUCUCCGGCACGGCCAGCCGCGGCGGAGGACUGCCGUACAUGGAGAGCUACGAGAGCAUGUACUCCCCCGGCGGCGGCCUCCGCUCCUUCUGCGGCACCCCUGCCUCCUCCACCCGCCUCUCCUUCGAGCCCCACCCCCUCAUCUUCGAGGCCUGGGACGCCCUCCGCCGCUCCCUCGUCUGCUUCCGCGGCCAGCCCCUCGGCACCCUCGCCGCCGUCGACCACUCCUCCGACGAAGUCCUCAACUACGACCAGGUGUUCGUGAGGGAUUUCGUACCGAGCGCGCUGGCGUUCCUGAUGAACGGGGAGCCGGAGAUCGUGAAGAACUUCCUGCUCAAGACGCUGCUGCUGCAGGGGUGGGAGAAGAGGAUCGACCGGUUCAAGCUCGGCGAGGGCGCCAUGCCGGCGAGCUUCAAGGUGCUCAAGGACCCGAAGCGAGGGGUGGACAGGCUGGUGGCGGACUUCGGCGAGAGCGCCAUCGGCAGGGUGGCGCCGGUGGACUCCGGGUUCUGGUGGAUCAUCAUCCUCAGGGCCUACACCAAGUCCACCGGCGACCUGUCGCUGGCGGAGACGCCGGAGUGCCAGCGCGGCAUCCGCCUCAUCAUGAACCAGUGCCUCGCCGAGGGCUUCGACACCUUCCCCACCCUCCUCUGCGCCGACGGCUGCUGCAUGAUCGAUCGCAGGAUGGGCGUGUACGGGUACCCGAUCGAGAUCCAAGCCCUCUUCUUCAUGGCGCUGCGGUGCGCGCUGCUGAUGCUGAAGGCGGACGCGGCGGAGGGGAAGGAGACGAUGGAGCGGGUGGCGACGCGGCUGCACGCGCUCAGCUACCACAUGCGCUCCUACUUCUGGCUGGAUUUCCAGCAGCUCAACGACAUCUACCGGUACAAGACGGAGGAGUACUCCCACACUGCCGUCAACAAGUUCAACGUCAUCCCGGAGUCCAUCCCGGACUGGGUCUUCGACUUCAUGCCCGGCCGUGGCGGCUACUUCGUCGGCAACGUCAGCCCGGCGCGGAUGGACUUCCGGUGGUUCGCGCUGGGGAACUUCGUCGCCAUCCUCGCGUCGAUGGCCACCCCCGAGCAGUCGGCGGCGAUCAUGGACCUCAUCGAGGAGCGCUGGGAGGACCUCAUCGGGGAGAUGCCGCUCAAGAUCAGCUUCCCGGCCAUCGAGUCCCACGAGUGGCAGAUCGUCACCGGCUGCGACCCCAAGAACACCCGCUGGAGCUACCACAACGGCGGCUCCUGGCCCGUGCUGCUGUGGCUGCUGACCGCGGCGUGCAUCAAGACGGGGCGGCUGAAGAUCGCGCGGCGGGCGAUCGAGCUGGCGGAGGCGAGGCUGGCGAGGGACGGGUGGCCGGAGUACUACGACGGCAAGCUGGGGCGGUACGUCGGCAAGCAGGCAAGGAAGCUCCAGACGUGGUCCGUCGCCGGCUACCUGGUGGCCAAGAUGCUCAUCGAGGACCCCUCCCACCUCGGCAUGAUCUCCCUCGAGGAAGACAAGGCCAUGAUGAAGCCCGUCCUCCGCCGCUCCGCCUCCUGGACGGUCUAG